AUACCCUGUGCUCCUGUAUCAAUUAAAUAUAAGUUUACAUAAUUAUUCUGAUGUCUGCUUAAUUUUUAAUUAUUUAAAAAUCUUUAUAGUGUAUGAGCAUUAAUAGAAUUUAGUGGGAACAUUCUUAAAAAGGAUUGAAAACCAGGCCUUUACUCAGAAACCUAGCCCUAUGUUAUAAAAUUGAUCCUACAAGAAAAGCAGAUGUUAUUUUUUUUGUUUUGACUUUGGGCCUCUUCCCUGAGAAAAUGACCUGCUGAUGAAGUGAAAAUUAAUUGCUUUUCAAAUCUUGUCCAUAUUUAUCAGCUCUUUUUUUUUUUUUUUUCACAACAACCCUUUAAAGACUUUCUAUAUCUAAAUACAUUAUGAAACAUUCAGUUUAAAUGUCCUUGAUUGUUGAUGAAAUAUCAUCUCAGUGUUUUGGUCUUCACAGUUUAGAUUGGUGCUGGCUAUAUUUAUGCCUUCCUCGAGCCAUAACAUUCCAGACAGAGAGGAAUAAAGAUGUUUGCUUGGUUACUUUACAGAAAAUCUACAGCAUAAAAAUAGACGCAUUUCUAUGCUAUAGCUGACACAUGUUUCAACAAAGCUUAUAAGCUCUCUACUUUAUGGUCUGGCAGAAAGGAGAUACUUCAGACGGAAAGGGCAGAGAGUAGGGGAGGAAUUUUAAGAGUGGCAAAUUCAACAAUGGACUUGGUUCUCACUCAGGCUUCCAGGAGAUGCGUGACAUGACCAGCAGACCCUGAAUGGGUCCUGUCCUCCGGAAGCCAGACUAAAAUACUCAAAACUACUUCGUGUACUCUGGUGACCAGAAUUCAUACAGUCAAGCAUGCACCAGCCAUCCAAGGUCCUCUGCUGGCAUUCUGGAUCAUGGGUCAAUGCCCCAAAUCUCCAGUCUCUGGAAUGCCCAGAUAUUGAUAACGGAGAAGCUAGAGACUGAAAUAAAAAGCAGAAAGAAAGUGGUGCGUGGGGAGCGAAUGAAGAAAAAGAUGGUUAAACUGACAAGGAUAAAUGAUGAAAAUAUUUCCUGUGAAGCAUAAGAAUCCCUGAUUGUGGAAGUGCUCCACAAGCACCUUUAACUAGAAAGUGAGGAAAGGUAUGAAAGAACCAUCUGGCUGACUCAAGUUUGAAGACUAUCAUAUCCACCAGAAGACCCAGGAUGGAUCUGCAUCAAAGCACUACCAUCACAUUACUUGAAAAGUGGGGUGUGGAUGAGUUACCCUCUGGCUGCAGGAGACAUUGUAAUGUUAGGAAAAAACUGAGAUUAAUUAGAAUCUUAGGCCUUUUCAUCGGCCUGGUGGCUGUUAGCACUGUCCCAUUUCCAAUCAGUGCCUUUUCUGAGAUAGAGACACAGAGCACAGGAGAAGCCAGUCGUGUAAGUGGUCCUAGGAUAGUGCAAGGUUACCGUCAAAGAACUCUCUUAGAUUUAAAUGACAAGAUUCGGGAUUACACUCCACAGCCUCCUCUUCCUCAGGAAGGCAAAUCUGAGAAUAACACAGACCAUGCCCAAGGAGACUACCCAAGAGACAUCUUUUCCCUUGAGGAUCGAAGAAAAGGCGCCAUCAUUCUCCAUGUCAUUGGAAUGAUCUACAUGUUCAUAGCCUUAGCCAUUGUCUGCGAUGAGUUCUUUGUCCCUUCUUUGACUGUCAUCACUGAAAAACUGGGCAUCUCUGAUGAUGUGGCUGGAGCCACUUUUAUGGCUGCAGGAGGCUCAGCCCCAGAACUUUUCACAUCUCUCAUAGGGGUAUUUAUUGCGCACAGCAACGUUGGCAUAGGCACAAUAGUGGGCUCAGCAGUGUUCAACAUCCUCUUUGUUAUUGGCAUGUGUGCUCUGUUUUCCAGAGAAAUCUUAAACCUGACAUGGUGGCCACUCUUUCGGGAUGUGUCCUUCUACAUUGUUGACUUGAUCAUGCUGAUCAUUUUUUUCCUGGAUAAUGUUAUCACGUGGUGGGAGAGCUUGCUUCUAUUAACAGCCUAUUUCAGCUAUGUGCUUUUCAUGAAAUUCAAUGUCCAAGUAGAAAGAUGGGUGAAGCAAAUGAUAAACCGCAAUAAAGUCGUCAAAGUGACCGCACCAGAGGCCCAAGCAAAGUCAUCUACAGCCAGGGACAAGGAUGAGCAGGCUCUACCGGCUAAGCCACGUCUCCAGCGAGGUGGAAGCUCUGCCUCACUCCACAACAGUCUCAUGAGGAAUAGCAUCUUCCAGCUCAUGAUCCACACCCUGGACCCACUCGCUGAAGAACUUGGAUCAUAUGGAAAACUAAAAUAUUAUGACACAAUGACUGAAGAAGGGAGGUUCAGAGAAAAGGCUUCAAUUCUCCACAAGAUCGCCAAGAAGAAAUGCCAGGUGGAUGAGAACGAGAGGCAGAACGGGGCUGCCAACCACAUGGAAAAAAUCGAGCUCCCAAACAGCACCAGCAUGGAAGUUGAGAUGACGCCACCCAGUGGAGCUUCGGAGCCUGUACAAAAUGGAAACAUCUCCCAUAGCAUUGAAGCUGCGGAAGCCCAGACAGGGGAAGAGGAGGAGGACCAGCCCCUGAGCCUGGCUUGGCCACCCAAUGCCCGCAAGCAAGUCACGUUCCUGAUUGUUCUCCCCAUAGUGUUUCCUCUCUGGGUUACCUUACCUGAUGUUCGCAAACCUUCGUCGAAGAAGUUUUUUCCCGUCACAUUCUUCGGCGCCAUCACCUGGAUUGCAGUAUUCUCUUACUUGAUGGUCUGGUGGGCACACCAGGUUGGAGAGACAAUUGGCAUCAGUGAGGAGAUUAUGGGCCUGACCAUCUUGGCUGCUGGGACUUCCAUCCCUGAUCUUAUCACCAGCGUCAUAGUGGCCCGAAAGGGACUUGGGGACAUGGCCGUGUCCAGCUCUGUUGGAAGCAAUAUUUUUGACAUCACCGUAGGGCUCCCCCUGCCCUGGCUCUUGUACACCAUCAUCCACAGAUUCCAACCAGUGGCUGUCAGCAGCAAUGGCCUGUUCUGUGCUAUCGUCCUCCUCUUCAUCAUGCUGCUCUUCGUCAUCCUCUCCAUCGCCCUCUGCAAAUGGCGGAUGAACAAAGUCCUCGGCUUCAUCAUGUUCGGCCUCUACUUUGUGUUCCUGGUGGUCAGCGUCCUUCUAGAAGACAGAAUUCUUGUGUGCCCUGUCUCCAUCUAGCAGGAAAAGCCAUAUCUUGAACUAACAGCAUGGACAGUCCCUUCCUGCUCUGGGCUCUCAGCUCCUUGACCUCUUGAGAAGAAGGCAGCUGGCACACAGCCUGGGUGUUUCGAGUGACCUUCCUCAGAUCUGAGGAGGGAUGGAUUCACACUGGGCCCAUUCACUCCACAG